UUGUCCAGAAGUCCCCAGUCCCUGCCUCUUUCUCGCGGGCUUUUGAAGGGCUCGAGGCACAGCGGCGUGAGCUUCAGUCAGCCGCUCUGAGUGCCUCACCUCGCGUCCCGCGCGCCAAGACAGGUGCCGGGAUUGCGGGGCCCGCCUCAGUUUGUGGCCCCCGCACUGGUCGCGACUUCUAGUCUCUCUGAGGUGGGACCGAGAAAGGGCGCGCCGGUUGUCACAUGGAAACCGGCGACGAGGCCGGCCCGGCGGAGGCUCAGGAGUCUCCUCGGGGGCAGUUGAGGCCCAGGGGGCGCAGGGCUGAGGGCGCGGCAGAGCCAAUGGAACACGACGGGGCUGCGGCGGCCGCUCUGAGGAGUGGUCUCAGAGAGGGCGCGGGAGCGGGAGGGCCGGCGGGCGGGCCGCGGCGGGUUGUCCGCGUGACUUAUGUGCGCGGUGAGAACGCCCAGAGCCCCGUGGUCGACUGCCCUGAGGCGGGAGCGCUUCAGUGCCUGCUUCACGCCUGCGAGGCGGAGGGCGCCCACCUCACCUCCGUGGCCUUCGGGGAGCUCGACUUCGGGGAGACCGCUGUGCUUGACGCCUUCUAUGACGCAGAUGUUGCCAUUGUGGACAUCAGUGACAGCUUCAGACAGCCUUCCCUCUUCUACCAUCUUGGAGUCCGUGAGAGCUUCGACAUGGCCAAUAACGUGAUCCUGUACCAUGACACCGAUGAUGACACUGCUCUGUCAUUGAAGGAUACGGUAACUCAAAAAAACACAGCAUCUAGUGGGAAUUAUUACUUCAUCCCCUACAUUGUGCUGCCAUGUGGUACUUAUCUUUACUAUGAGAAUGAUGCCCAGAAUCAAGCUUCAGUGCACAUGCAGCCCAACUGGGAGGCCAUCCUGCGCCCACUGUGCAUGCCUCUGGUGGACAGGUUCAUUAGCCUCCUCAAGGACAUCCAUGUGACUUCAUGUACUUAUUACAAAGAAGCCUUGUUAAAUGACAUCCGGAAUGCCAGAGUAAAAUACCAGGACAACGAACUGGCAAUGGAGCUGGCUAGGAUCAAACGUCACAUGAAUAACAUUGAGGUUAUGACCUCAGAUAUCAUUAUUAAUUUACUCCUGUCCUACCGUGAUAUCCAGGACUAUGAUGCGAUGGUCAAGCUAAUAGAAACACUGGAGAUGCUACCUAUGUGUAACGUGGCUGAUCAGCAUAAUAUUAAAUUCCACUACGCAUUUGCACUGAAUAGGAGAAACGGCACAGGUGACCGUGAGAAGGCUCUUCAGGUCAUGCUCCAGGUUUUGCAGAGCUGUGACCACCCAGCCCCUGACAUGUUCUGCCUCUGUGGGAGGAUCUACAAAGAUAUGUUUUUGGAUUCAGAGUAUGAAGAUGAUAUCUGCCGAGACAAGGCCAUUACAUGGUAUCGCAAAGGAUUUGAACUCCAGCCAUCUCUUUAUUCAGGAAUCAACCUUUCAAUUUUGCUGAUAGUUGCUGGACAACACUUUGAAACUUCCACGGAACUAAGAAAAAUAGGUAUCCAGCUGAACGAUUUGUUGGGAAGAAAAGGGAGCUUGGAGAAAAUGAACAAUUACUGGGAUGUGGGUUACUUUUUCACCAUCACCGUGCUGGCCAACAAUGUCGAGAAGGCUGUCCAGGCAGCAGAGAGGUUGUUCAGACUGAAGCCUCCAGUCUGGUACCUGCGAUCAUUAGUUCAAAACUUGUUGUUAAUUCUGUGCUUUAAGAAACUUGAUAUUGAGUAUUCAUCCAGGCAAGAACAAUUUAACUUCUGGUUAGAUAUAAUUUUUGAAGCAACAACUGAAGUUACUGAUGGACUCAGAUUUCCAGUUCUGGUGAUAGAGCCAACCAAAAUCUACCAGCCUGCUUAUGUGUCUAUCAGCAGUGAAGCUGAGGAGAGAACAGUGUUUUUAUGGCAUGUUUCGCCCUCAGAAAUGACACAAAUCCACGAAUGGAAUUUUACAGCCUCUUCUAUCAAGGGAAUAAGCCUCUCCAAGUUUGAUGGACGGUGUUGUUUUCUUUAUAUCUAUAAUAAUUCUGAUGACUUUCAAAUCUGCUUUUCAACAGAAAACCAGUGUAGCAGGUUUUGCUAUUUUGUCAAAGAGAUGCUAACCAAUGCAGUGGGCCCUACAGUGGAGCUGGACAGAGAGACUGAUGGAGACAUAUUAGAAUAUGAGUAUGACCGUGAUGCGAAUGGGGAGAGAAUUAUCUUGGGAAAAGGCACCUAUGGAAUUGUGUACUCUGGCCAAGAUCUGAGGAAUCAAGUGCAAAUAGCAAUCAAAGAAAUUCCAGAGAGAGACUGCAGUUGCUCUCAACCUCUGCAUGAGGAGAUAGCCCUGCACAAAUACCUCAAACACCCCAAUAUCAUCCAGUACCUGGGCUCUGUGUCUGAGGGUGGUUACAUUAAGAUCUUUAUGGAGCAGGUGCCUGGAGGAAGUCUUUCUGCUCUCUUGCAAUCCAAAUGGGGGCCAAUGAAGGAGCCUACUAUCAAGUUUUACACUAAGCAGAUCCUUGAAGGCCUGAAGUAUCUCCAUGAAAACCAGAUAGUGCACAGAGACAUAAAGGGUGAUAAUGUUCUGGUAAACACCUACAGUGGAGUGGUAAAAAUCUCCGAUUUUGGAACCUCCAAACAUCUCGCAGGAGUGAACCCAUGCACAGAGACCUUUACAGGGCCAACUCCUUUUCCCUCUCCCUGCAUUUGCAGUGACCUCUACUCAGGCACUCUACAGUACAUGGCACCUGAGAUUAUUGAUCAAGGACCUCGAGGGUAUGGUGCCCCAGCUGAUAUCUGGUCCCUGGGCUGCACCAUCAUAGAGAUGGCCACCGGCAGGCCUCCAUUUCGUGAGCUUGGUGAACCUCAGGCAGCAAUGUUUGGAAUAGGGCUGUUAAAGAUGCAUCCCAAUAUUCCACGAACCCUUUCAUUUAAAGCUAUGGGCUUCAUCUUAGCCUGUUUUGAGCCUAACCCUAGCAAACGGGUCACGGCUGCUGGCCUACUCACAGAGGACUUCUUAAGGCAGACAAACAAGGGCGAGAGGAAGCAAAUUGCUUUCAGGCCUUCAGCGGGUGCCCAGUGUGCCACUAGUGCCCUGGCCCUACCCUUUUUGGGGGAGCCUUCGGGCAGAAACAGCAGUGAGCAUGGCUCCAUCUCCCAAGACUCUGGUGCCCAGCCAGACACAUUCCCUGAGGAUGCCCACGCACCCAAGCACCAGCUCAGCCACCUUCUCAGUGUUCCUGAGCAGAGUUCAGCCUUGGAAGACCAGGGCACAGCCUCUUCCCGAGAAGACAGGGACCCGGGCCUCUUGCUGCAUGAGGACAGUGAGCAUUGUGCCAUCCUGCACAAAAUCCUUUUGGAGGAGCAGUCCCAGGUGGCUUCCAACUUACAGGAGUGUGUGAGCCAGGUAAAUAAAAUUUUGAGGAACCAGUUAAUUAGGCCCCACUGUAUGUUUGCAAUGGACAACAUCACCCACAGAGCAGUGCAGGCUGCAGACACCACUCUCACCCCAGAGCUCCGAGCCCACUUUGAGCCUCCCUCUGAGAUGGAAGGAGAUAACGGCAUGGAUGAAAUGGAAGAGGACAAUUCCCUAGCACACCUGCCUGGUGGUGAAGCAUGUGUGGCAUCCAAGAGAAGACAUGGCUCGGUGGUUAUGCAAGAGGCCCCACCCCAGCAGGAGCAGGAGCAGGAGCAGGAGCAGGAGCAGGAGCAGCAGCAGGGCCUCCAGCUGAACAUGCUCAAGGAGGAGACCAUCAGACUUUUGGAACACCUAGUUCAAAAAGAGAGAGAGUACCAGAAUUUUCUCCAACUAACUCUAGAACAGAAAACUCAACAACUGCAUCACCUCCAGUUACAAUACAAAAGUAAUGGUACUGCAGAGAUCCCAGCACCCCCUCAUUUGCAGGGAACAAAUAAUGAGCUUAUAGCCUGGUUGCAAGGGCAAGGAGCAGAUGCAAAUACAAUUGAAAAGAUUGUUGAAGAGGAUUAUACUCUUUCUGAUAUUCUUAAUAAUAUCACUAAGGAAGACCUAAGGUGCCUUCAACUACGGGGUGGUGUCCUCUGUAGGCUCUGGCAAGCGAUCUCCCAGUACAGAAGACAGGCUCAGGAGUCCUCAGGGACUGCAGCUGCACCCGAGGACAGCGUGAGCAAAUAGUUGACAUGUUUAUGCUUCAGUCUACAUACAUGCAAAUUCUACUGAGUUUACAACGGAGCUUACAAAAGACUUGUUCAAUUAAU